UACUCACUCGUCUCUUCAUCAUCGUCGUCCACCAUCACAGUGAAAUGCUUUCUAAAGCAGCUCGAGAGCUUUCAUCAUCAAAGCUUAAACCUUUAUUAGCUCUUCCUCUCUCCUCCUUCAAAUCUUCCAUACGAAGCAACACAAACCCUUCUCCUUCAUUUCUCAAUCCCCCUCACUUCAACACUACAUCAAAAUCGCCACUUCUUCGUUUCUAUUCAUCUAACUCCAAUGUCCUUCAGCUAAACAGAGAUGGUAAUUACAAUGAUACAACUUCAAUCACCAUCUCCGUUUGCCCAGGUUGUGGAGUUCAUAUGCAAAACUCAAACCCAAAACACCCAGGUUUCUUCAUCAAACCAUCGAUAGAGAAACAGAGGAACGAUUUGAAUCUUCGAGACCUCGUACCCAUCUCUCAAGAACCUGAAUUUAUCGAUUCAAUCAAACGAGGGUUUAUCAUAGAACCUAGCAACAGUUCUGACUUAAACCCUGAAGAUGAAAAAACAGAUCAAGAAGAUGUUAGACCAUUGGUGUGUGCUAGGUGUCAUUCACUUAGACAUUACGGGAGAGUUAAAGAUCCAACUUUGGAGAAUCUUCUUCCUGAUUUUGAUUUUGAUCAUACUGUUGGGAGGAGACUAGGUUCAGCUUCUGGUGCUAGAACUGUUGUGUUGAUGGUUGUUGAUGCUUCUGAUGUUGAUGGUUCUUUCCCAAAGAGAGUAGCUAAGCUUGUGUCUAGAACUAUUGAUGAGAACAAUAUGGCUUGGAAAGAAGGGAAAUCAGGAAAUGUACCUAGAGUUGUUGUUGUUGUGACUAAGAUUGAUUUGUUACCGAGUUCGUUGUCUCCCACUAGGUUUGAACAUUGGGUUAGACAAAGAGCUCGUGAAGGUGGGUUAAGUAAGAUUACUAAGCUGCAUUUCGUUAGUCCUGUUAAGAAUUGGGGGGUUAAGGAUUUGGUUGAAGAUGUGGCUGCUAUGGCUGGGAAGAGAGGACAUGUUUGGGCUGUUGGGUCGCAGAACGCUGGGAAAAGUACGUUGAUUAAUGCGGUUGGGAAGGUGGUUGGUAGGAAAGUUUGGCAUUUGACUGAGGCUCCUGUGCCGGGUACUACUUUGGGGAUAAUUAGGAUUGAAGGUGUUUUGCCUUUUGAGGCUAAGUUGUUUGAUACUCCGGGAUUGUUGAAUCCGCAUCAGAUCACUACAAGGCUUACGAGAGAGGAGCAGAAACUUGUUCAUAUCAGUAAGGAGCUUAAACCAAGGACUUACAGGAUCAAGGAAGGCUAUACCGUUCACAUAGGUGGGUUAAUGAGACUUGACAUUGAUGAAACGUCUGUCGAUUCUCUAUAUGUAACAGUUUGGGCAUCUCCUUAUGUUCCACUUCACAUGGGGAAGAAGGAGAACGCUUACAAAACACUUGAGGACCAUUUCGGUUGUCGAUUGCAGCCUCCAAUUGGAGAGAAGCGUGUCGAAGAGUUAGGAAAAUGGGUUAGAAAGGAAUUCCGAGUGAGUGGAAGCAGUUGGGACACGAGUUCAGUAGAUAUUGCUGUUUCAGGUCUCGGUUGGUUUGCGAUAGGACUCAAAGGAGAAGCGAUUUUAGGUGUAUGGACUUACGAGGGGAUUGAUGUCUUCUGCCGUGACUCCUUACUCCCGCAACGAGCACACACUUUUGAAGACUAUGGUUUCACAGUCUCCAAGAUCGUCGCCAAAGCUGAUCGAAACUUCAAUCAAAUUCACAAGGAGGAAGCACAGAAGAAACGGAAACCCAACAAGUCUUCUUCCGAUUCUGUGUCCGACAAAGAAAAUAACCGCGAGGUGUCACCGCCUUCAGAUAUCAUACCAACAAUGUAACUCUUAUAAGCUAGUUAUAUUUUUCUUGAAAUUACACAUUCUGUGAAUCCCACCAAGAUUGAUAGUUUCUUUCUU